UUCGGCAUGCUACUACUUGCUCCAAUGAUGCAUAAAGGGUUCUCUUACCCAUAGAAGAGGUCUUCGCCACAGACACGUCACCAAGCUUCUCUGUUGACACACUCUCCUGUUUGGUACCAUUGCUUGUCUACCUGCUCAUUCGAUAGAACAUACAUCUCCAACACGUACCUGACCCCGAACAUGUCCACUCCCUACCUUCACGGUCACCACGCGUCGGUCCUCCGCUCCCACAGCUGGCGCACUGUCGAGAACUCUUGCCCCCACCUCCUACCUUAUCUCAGCAGUCCAACACUCAAGAUCCUCGAUGUAGGCUGUGGUCCUGGAACCAUCAGUACAGACCUUGCUGCACGCGUCCCUCAAGGCUUUGUUUACGCUAUCGAUCCCUCCGCCGACGUCAUCGAGAAGGCGAGGAAACAUGCCGAAGAGAAGGGCAUCACGAACGUGCGCUUUGAGGUCGGCGAUAUAUUCAACUGGAAAAGUCUUGAUGGCGUAGAGGCGGCAGGCUUCGACAUUGUGCACGCGCACCAGGUGCUGCAGCAUUUACAAGACCCGCUUGGCGCGAUGAAGGAGAUGAAGGUUCUCGCAAAGCCCGGCGGUGUGCUUGCGAUCCGCGACUGUGACUACACCGCUAUGAACUGGUAUCCUGAGCAUCCAGGCAUGCAGAAAUGGAAGGAUCUGUAUAUCGCCGUCGCAAAUGGACUCAAGGCUCACCCAAACAUGGGGAAGAAACUGCAUGCUGUAGCUAUGGAAGCUGGAAUCCCAAGAAGCGACAUUGACGCAAGUGUUGCGGCCUGGACUUUUAGCACACCAGAAGAGAGGGCCUUUUGGUGUGGGUUAUGGGCUGAGAGAACAGUAAAGAGCGACUACAAGCAGAGAGCGCUAGACAGCGGGUUUGGUACCGAGCAGGACUUGGAAGAGAUCGCGGCGAUGUGGAGAGAGAUGGAGAAGAAAGAGGAUGGCUGGUUCGCCGUGAUCAACGGUCAGAUCAUCUGUCAUAUUAGGUAGGAAUAAGCUUAAUCAAAUGACCCCCGAUUAGAGGUUCUUCUGACCCUUAACGGUCCGUCUCUCUUCCUGCUAUCACCACCCCCAA